AAAAAGCUACUAUUGUGUAUUCAUGAUUUUUAUUAAUAAUCCUUUUAUUGUUUUAUUUUAUUUUAUUUUAUUUUUUUGUUAGAAAUGCCUAAUUACUCCAGUAUUAUAGAUAAAGAUGCAACUACAUCAUCAAUAUCUUCUGCUCCUUCAUUAUCUAUAUUUUCAGAUGUUGGCGCUUCAUUAGAUGAACAUAGCCCUUUAUUAACGAAUGUAACAGACGAAUCACUUGAAUGUAAUAAUGAUCAACUUGUUGAUUUUGAAGAACCUAAUGCAACUAUUGCAAGUGCUUCUAUUAAUCUUUCCAACACAAUCCUUGGAACAGGCAUGCUGGCUAUGCCUGCUGCAGUGGCAUCAAUGGGAUUGAUACCAGGUAUAUUACUGAUAUUAUAUGCAGGAUUUACAUCUGGUCUUGGAUUAUACUUUCUAUCAAGAUGUGCACAUAAAGUAGGAGGAAGGAAUGCAUCUUUUUCUUCCCUAUCAAAAUUAACUUGGCCUAAAUUAGGUAUCUUUUUUGAUAUGGCAAUUGCUAUUAAAUGCUUUGGUGUAGCAAUUAGCUAUUUAAUUAUUAUAGGUGAUUUAAUGCCACAGGUAAUUCGUUCAUUUUUCUAUCAUGCAGAUGAUAGGGUUCAAUUAUUAAUGGACCGACGUUUUUGGAUAACCUUGUCUAUGAUAACUGCAGUGGGUCCCUUAAGUUACUUGAGAAAGUUGGAUUCACUUAAAUACACAAGUUUGAUUGCUUUAUUUGCAGUAGCUUAUUUAGUUAUCAUUGUUUUAUAUCAUUUUAUUUCUCCUAAUUAUCCUCCUCCUCCUCCUGAAUCUAUUGAAUAUUUUCACUUUUCAACAAAAAUAUUUGGUCAAUUGCCUGUAUUUAUUUUUGCUUUUACCUGCCAUCAAAAUAUAUUUUCAGUCUAUAAUGAAUUAAGAGAUAACAGUGAAAAAUCGAUUGUUAAGGUUAUUUGCACUUCCAUUGGCUCUGCUGCAUGUAUCUAUGAACUAGUAGCUAUUAUUGGUUAUCUUAGUUUUGGUAAAGAUGUAUUGGGAAACAUAAUUCUUGAAUAUCCACAGACCUAUUUUGUUGCUUAUGGUAGAUUAGCUAUUGUGAUAUUAGUUAUCUUUAGUUAUCCUCUUCAAGCACAUCCUUGUAGAGCGUCCAUUGAAAAGAUAUUAGAUUCUAUUCAGCCUAAAAAUAUAAAUAGAAGAUAUCAUUUCAUUGUUACAACUUGUAUUAUUAUUACUAGUUAUCUUGUUGCAAUUAGUAUUUCGAAGCUUGAUAUCAUCUUAUCCUUUGUGGGCUCAACAGGUUCAACCAUCAUUUCCUUUAUUCUACCUGGCUUAUUUUAUUUUAAAAUGUAUCCUUCUAAAGAUAAAGAGAAUGGAAUAUUAAAUUGGAAAAGAUGGGUUGCACUAUUCUUGAUUCUAUAUGGAUUUAUGGUGAUGACAAUCUGUUUAACAUUUAAUAUCAAACGUUUAUUAUAAAUAUUACCACUGAAAAAUAAUAAUAAUAAACAUAAUAUAUUAUUUAU